AUGGACUGCGAUGGACUCGCAACCCAUAUGCUCUCUCUCUCGUUCGUCUUCCUCUUCACCAUCCUCAUCUACAUCAAACGUCCAUGCAAGCACCGCCACGGCGACGUCUCACGCUCCCAACCUCAGCAUCCGCCGUCGCCGUCGCCACGGCUGCCUCUCAUAGGUCACCUCCACCUCCUCAGCGACAUGCCCCACCACACCCUGGCGAACCUCGCCCGUCAACUCGGCCCCAUCUUCCACCUCCAGCUCGGCCAAGUCCCCACCAUUGUCAUAUCCUCGCCGAAACUGGCGAGACUCGUGCUCAAGACCCAUGACCAUGUCUUUGCAAACCGCCCCCAGCUCAUUGCCGCUCUGUACCUCUCCUUCGGCUGCUCCGAUAUCACCUUCUCCUCCUACGGCCCAUACUGGCGCCAGGCGAGGAAAAUAUGCGUGACCGAGCUGCUCAGCUCGAAAAGGGUGGGUUCUUUCCAACUCGUGCGUGAAGAGGAAAUGGCUCGUCUACUUGGCGCACUGCAAUCUCUCUCGGGAUCGGAGGUCAACAUGAGCAAGAUGUUCUUCGGGCUGGCAAAUGACGUGCUAUGCAGAGUGGCGUUCGGGAACCGGUUCAUCACGGAGGGUUCUGAACAGGGAGAGAAGAGCCAUUUGAUGAGAGUUUUGACUGAGACUCAAGAUUUGCUUGCUGGGUUCAGUGUGGGGGAUUUUUUUCCAAGGUGGGAAUGGGUGAACUGGGUCACUGGUUUAGAGAGGAGGUUGCAGAACAACUUGGUGAGCUUGAGAGGCGUUUGUGAUGAGAUUAUCGGAGACCAUGUGAAGAAGAGAGAGAGAAGGAUCAUGGGUUUUGAUACUGAUGAUGACAGGGAUGAUCUGCUAGAUGUGUUGAUGAGGGUACAACAGAAGGACUUGGAAGUGCCCAUCACAGAUGAUAAUCUCAAGGCUAUAGUCCUGGACAUGUUUGUAGCUGGAACUGAUACAACCGCGGCAACUCUAGAAUGGACCAUGACAGAGCUAGCCAGAAACCCUAGAGUAAUGAAGAAGGCACAAGAAGAAGUUCGCAGAAAUGCACCCACUAGUGACAAGCUUGGGGAGAGACAUCUCCAGGAGCUACAUUACUUAAAAGCUGUGAUCAAGGAAACUAUGCGACUACACCCACCAGUUCCACUGCUGGUCCCACGGGAAUCCAUGGAGCGAUGUGUGCUCGACGGCUAUGAAAUACCUGCAAGAACUAGGGUGCUGAUAAAUGCUUAUGCUCUCGGGAGAGACAGCGAGUCAUGGGACCGACCCCUAGAGUUCAGGCCCGAGAGGUUCGAGGGUAGUGACAUUGAUGUGAAGGACCAGGAUUUCAGGUUUCUACCCUUUGGGGGAGGACGAAGAGGCUGCCCUGGGUUUGCCUUUGGGUUAACAACCGUCGAGACUUCAUUGGCUAAACUCCUGUAUCAUUUUAAUUGGGCAUUGCCACCAGGCGUUAAAGAGCACGAUGUGGACUUAAGUGAGAUCUUUGGCCUGGCUACGAGGAAGAAGACACCGCUUGUUCUUGUCCCGACUGUCCGACAACGUCAGGAGUUCUAG